CCUCCGGCCACUGAAUGUUUCGUGCGGCUGAUCCACUCCUCGGGCUCCUCCAUCAUUCCUUCGUUCCCUGUCAGCUCGUGGGAAGGAAAGUGAUCUGGAUCCAGCCCCGGGGCACCUGUCCGUGCACUUUGGCAACAGCUGAAGAGGAUUCGGGGCUGUGAUCACACGGGGUGUCACACGGGUCAUGUCACUGGCAGAUGUGCUGCUACUAGCGGCUCCUCCCACCUCUGGGCUCAGGGUUAAGGUGCUGCUGCUGCUGCUGUGACAGAUGCCGGAGAUGAAGGUUGGAUCAUUGUAGGAAUUCGGAUACUGGUGGGCUCUGGCAGUCACCUUGGCUUCUUCCCUAGACUAGCCGUGGGUUCCAUAAUCAUCGCUCCCUGGACAUUGCGCUAAAGCGGCUCCCGUGUCCCGGUGUCCCUGUGCCCAUGAUGCCCCUAAGUGCCCUCCCUGGGACUCGUUCCCUAAGCCCCGCGGGUCUGUCUCGCAGUCUGUCCCGUCUCAGGGAGUACCGGAGCCGCUCCAGGAUCAUGUUGUCUCUCGGCGUGUCGCAGAUGGUACUGGGAUGUCUCAUCGUGGCUGUCAGUUUUGCGGCUCUUGCUCUCACCACCUCGGCCAGGGUCAGACACUCGUGCCCCUUCUGGGCAGGCUUCUCGGUGCUUUUGUCAGGAUUGAUUGGUGUUGUUGCAUGGAAACGACCCCUCUCGCUCGUAAUAACCUUCUUUAUGCUUCUGUCUGCUGUGUGCGUAAUGUUGAACUUGGCGGGUUCCAUUCUCUCUUGCCAAAAUGCUCAACUAGUCAGUUCCCUUGAAGGUUGUCAGCUGAUAAAUUUCAACAGCGAUGGAGUUUGCGUUUGCUGUGAAAUGCAACAUCAAACAUCUGGCUGCAGCAACCCUGGAGAAACACUAAAACUGAAUCCUCUACAGGAGUGCAGCGCCGUGAGGCUGACACUUAAGGACCUUUUGUUCAGUGUGUGUGCUCUGAAUAUUAUCUCAACUAUUGUUUGUGCUUUGGCGACUGCAAUGUGCUGCAUGCAGAUGGUUUCUACUGAUGUCCUGCAGCUGUUUUUGCCACAAAGAGGGCACUCUACAAAUAUGGACUGCAUGGUGCCCCAUGGAACUAUUUUCCACCAAACUCUGGAUUUUGAUGAGUUCAUUCCACCAAUUCCACCUCCGCCAUAUUACCCUCCUGAGUACACCUGUACACCAGUUUUGGAGGUGCAAAGAGGACUUCAUCUGGAUUUCCCCCAUUCUCCCUUUAGUGUAUUAUAUGAUGUUUCCAUAAACAGUCCUGGGAUUUUAUAUCCGUCUGAGCUGCCGCCUCCCUAUGAAGCUGUCAUUGGGCAAACCCCUGCUAGCCAGGGGACCAGCAUAGAUCAGCAGGUCACAGAAUCCAGUCAAGGUGACAGGAACACAACAGCAGGCUUCAGCACCCAAGUGUCUGUAGAUAGCACCUCGUUGCUGGUGUCUGAUGUGGCUGAAAUCCCAGUUCACAGCUGCUCAUCAGAAGAUCUUUGUUCCCUGGAAGUUCAAGGCUCCCUUCGCUCUGCUGAUUUUAGCCCUUAUAGUGCCCUCCAUACGGCCGCCACUGGGAGUAGCUGCACCAGUUUGGAACACAGUUUCCGUGGUGGAUUUCCUUUCACUAAUUCCCAGGGUUCAACUGAUGGUGAUGGAAGUAGAACGUCCACAGACAGAUCCCAGUGGCAAAACUGUGAUAAUCACACGCAGUCCAAGUCACUGGACACAUCCGCUGAGAAUUUCAGCACAUCGGAAAGAGAAUCUCAACUUUCAGUGAAAGAAAGAAAAGUGUCCCAGUCUCUGAAACCCAUAAAUAUGUGCUGCGGUGUGUUUGCUCAGCCACCUGGGCAAUGCUUGCCAUCUCCCAGUACUCCUCCUGCAAAUCACACCCAACGUACAGGGCGGCUGGAAAAAACUAUGCAGCAACAUCAUUCGAGGAAAUACAGGAUUGCAAAUAUAGUCCGAUCCACUAGUGACCCUGUUUCCUGUACCUCCAUCACAGAAGCUUCAUAUUCAUACCCACGAACAACUGCUUCUGUCUGCCAGGAAACUGGAAGCCACUUACUAUCUACAGGCAGACACAAAGAAGCACGGAAAAGUAGCCAUCGCAUAAAGCCAAAGGCAAUUAAGAACCUCUCUAAAGAGCGGCCCAAUUCUCUAGUUGACCUGAAGACCUACAAGGACACAAAAAUUCUAGUGGCCAAGUUUUUGGAACAUUCAAGCUGCCAUCUCUCUCCAGAAGUGCGACAUGUAGUGAAUAGUAUCAAGUCUGUCAUUAAGUCAGAUGAAAGGCACAUGGAAGAGGCAAUCUUCAGCGCCAAUAUAAUAGACCAGGUAAUUACAAGUUCUCAACAAACCAUCAAUAUCUCUAGAAAGCGUCUUCAAGAAGAUCUUCAUCUUCAAAGUUGUGGAGCGCUAAGCUCUCCGGUUGCCUUCCUACACAGAAUACAUCUAACACAUGAAGUGGAUCAGGACAGGCCACACAGCUUAAUUGGAGUCUGUAGGGAAACAAUUCUUUGAUAACAGAAGAUUUAAUUAAUUAAAAUAAAAAAAGGAUUGCAUGCAAACUUAGGGUGAUUAAUUCCAGUACACAUCUUCACACACCGCCAACUAUAUUGACUAAAACUCAAGUUUCUCGUUGUAGAACUUGCUCAUGCAUGGGACAACAAGCAUAAAGAACAGUCACCAUGGAGUUUUCUCUGAAUGUAAUGUUUUGCAAUCAAACAAAAACAGUGCAAACUAAAUUUCAACACAAAGCCCUUUUUUUAAAGAUUACUGGAGUUGGAUCUAUUUUUUUCUUUCUUUCUGAAAUAGAGAUUUCAAUAUUGCUGCCAUGUAGCGCCGUAAAAUUAACAUCCUCUCUUAACAAUGAUCACAUUCCAAAAGAAAAGGGUUUAUAAUGGGGUCUUUCAAGACUUGCACCCAUCAUCAAAUUCAAACUCUGCACCAAGGGAAGAUGAUGAACCAUCAAGAGACCCAAACUUCUGAAGAAUAUUGUUAUACAGCUCAAAUGUAUUACUUUAUGUACCUCAAUGUUUUCAAAAAGUGUUUUAAUAAAAAAAAAUCUAUAUCAAUAUAUUGUGUAUUGCCAUUCAUCUCAUCCUUAGCUGUGUGUGAUAUUGGCUGCACAGCCCGUAUGUUACACACUUGUACAAGAUGAAACCAUCACAAUUGUUUACUUAUACAAUAAUGUACAUAUUUCAUUAUUUUUUAGAACAGUUAAAGGA